AUGCGUUUCACCAUCCUCGCCCUCCCGACAGCGCUCCUGGCAAGCACAGCCUCCGCCCACAGCGUCAACUGCUGGGGCAAAGCCCUCAACGCCCCCGUCGAGGGUAUCGAAUACACAAUCAAAAAGAUGGACGAGAUCGCCUCCGCCCCAGACCAAUUCUACCCGGACGGCAACGACCCGAAAUGGCUUUGGCUGCAGGCCAACAAGUGCGAGGAGGUUACGUGCUACAAGGGGACGCAGGUGCGCUGGUGCAACGAGGAUACCGUGUGGGACCGCUACAUCAUGAUGCAGAAUAUCGUCGAUGGGGUGCAUGUGCUUUAUAGUGAGUGUGAGCGGAUGGUGGAUGGGGAGCUUACUUCUGGUGGGGUUCUCUCGCAUCCUGAUAAGUGGAGUAUCAUCAUGCAGGGCGAGGAUGAGUGCAAGGGGAAGAAGUAA